AUGGGGGAACACAAGCGCACCGAGUCGCUGUUUGACAAGCUCAAGCUUCACGAUGCAAAGGUGCAUCUCGUUCACCAGAAACAUAAAAUUGGUAAAUUGACAAACCUGUUCAAUAAAAACCAUAGACACGAUGAAGAGCAUGAGCAACGUUGCGAUGAAAAGCGCGCCGCCAUCUGCGAGCAGAACCGUUACAAAUCCUACUUCCCCAUGCGCGCCGGCAACCGCGUGAAAUGGUACGUCGAUGGUAGGGACUACUUCUGGGCCGUUUCUAUUGCCCUCGAAAACGCCAAAGAGUCUAUAUACAUUGCCGACUGGUGGCUGUCACCCGAGCUCUUCCUCCGCCGCCCCCCUUACAAGGAGCAGGAAUACAGAUUGGACAAACUAAUCAAGCGAAAGGCCGAAGCUGGUGUCCAAAUCUACGUUUGUGUCUACAAGGAGGUCGAACAGGCCUUGACUUGUAAUUCAGCUCAUACGAAGCAUGCGUUGAGGAAGCUCUGCCCCAAGGGCACCCCCGGAUAUGGAAACAUCCAUGUCGCCCGACACCCUGAUCAUAACGUUUUUGAAAACUUUGGCGACAUGACUUGGUAUUGGGCUCACCAUGAGAAGUUCAUUGUCAUCGAUUACGAAAUCGCCUUUGUUGGUGGUCUUGAUCUCUGCUUCGGACGUUGGGAUAAUCACCAACACCCUCUGGCCGACAUCCACCCUACCGACGUUCGUGACGAAAUCUGGCCGGGCCAGGACUUUAAUAACAACCGUGUAAUGGAUUUUCAGAAAGUGGACAGCUGGCAGGACAACGAAUUGAGCAAAGCUGACUUCGGGCGCAUGCCCUGGCACGAUGUGGCGAUGUGCAUCCAAGGCAGCGCUGCCUAUGACGUAGCAGAACACUUUGUAUUACGCUGGAAUUUCGUAAAGCGUGAUAAAUAUAAACGUGAUGAACGAUUCAACUGGUUGAUGUUGGAGGGCCGGGAGGGCGAGGAUGAGGACCUCGUUGGAGUUCAGCGCCCCAAACAUCCAGUUGGAGAUUACGUCAGACAUCCGUACACGCCUCUAAGUGAGAAAAAACUUGAUAAUAUGGGCACUGUUAAUUGUCAAAUCGUCCGGUCGAGCGCCGACUGGAGCAGCGGUAUCUUGACGGACCACAGCAUCCAGAACGCAUACAUUGAGAUCAUUUCAAAGGCUCAGCACUAUGUCUACAUCGAGAAUCAGUUCUUCAUCACUGCAACAGGUGACCAACAGGCUCCGGUCAAAAACCAGAUUGGUCGCGCCAUCGUCGAUGCGGUUGUCAGAGCCGCCAAGGAGGGUCGCAAAUUCCGCGUUAUCGUUCUCAUCCCCGCAAUCCCCGGAUUUGCUGGAGAUCUACGAGAGGAAGCUGCUACGGGCACGCGUGCUAUCAUGGAUUACCAGUACAAAUCUAUUUGCCGUGGUGAACACUCUAUUUUUGGUCAGUGCCGCGCUGAGGACGUUGACCCUACCAAAUACAUUUUCUUCUUCAACCUGCGGUCUUACGAUCGUCUCAACAAGACGCCUGCUAUCAUCAAGGCUGAAAAGGAGACUGGUAUUAGUUACCAGCAGGUUCAGCGCGCCGAAGCCGAGGAAAUUAUGAGUGAGGGCAUCCAUGGCUCAUUUGACCCAGAAGACUCAGAAGGCGACGACCAUAUGAGGCGAGACAAAGACAAGGGAGAGCUGGAUGAAGAUAUCAAGAAGACGAUGGAGGCCCGAAAGAAAUUCGAGGCUGCUAUGCCCCCUGAAAACGUGCACACAACAUCAUCGGUCGCUCAUCACGCGAUGGCUGGCAAUGGCGAAGGCCUGAAUAACGAACCUUGGUUUGAAGAAGACCCUGAAUCAGAGAUCAAGAAUUGGAUCCAAGAAGAAUUGUACAUCCAUGGUAAAUUGCUUUUGGUCGACGAUCGUAUAGCAGUUUGUGGAAGCAGUAACCUUAACGACCGCAGUCAGCUUGGUGACCACGACAGCGAGUUGAGUGUCGUCAUGGAGGACACCCGUUUGAUUCCUAGCGUCAUGGAUGGCCAACCCUAUGAGGCUGGAUACCAUGCGGCUACACUUCGUCGCUACCUCUGGCGUGAACACAUGGGUCUCUUGCCCCCUCAGGAGCACGAUGCUUCCAAGGACAUCAACGCCAUGCCCGUCAACGUCAACCCUGACAACAACAUCUACGACCAGGACGAGUCGUACAAAUUCGUUGAGGAUCCCCUCAGCGACGAAGUUUGGGACAUGUGGACUGGCCGAGCGGACAAGAACACCAUGCUCUUCCGACAUCUUUUCCAUGCCGAUCCUGAUGAUCACAUCAAAACCUUCGAAGAUUACGAUAGAUAUUUACCCCCCAAGGGAGUAAAAGCAGGCCACAUUUUCGACCAAUUCCUCCCUGUAGCUGACGCGAGAGAGAAACUGUCGCAAAUAAAGGGUCACCUCGUCUGGUUUCCCCUCGAGUUCUUGUCUGAAGCUGAGAUGGCGGAAUGGGGACUUCAAGUCAAUGCUGUUACUGAGUCUAUAUACACUUAA